CCCUCAGUCUCUGAGACAUGCUGGUCCGGCCAGACGUCCCGUCCCCUGCGCGUUUGCUUUGACCACAGAAGUGAAAGCUGCAAAACUGAAAUCUGCAGCACAUCUUUUAUCACUGACACCAAAGAGGGAAGAUUCCUACAUCUUCAAGGGUUCUGUUGUUUACGGAGUUGUCUGAUUUCAAAUUUGUGGAUUCUUUUUUAUUUUAUUUUAUUUCUUAUUUUGCAAUGAUGGAGCCAAACAUGUGCAUGAGGAACCCCGUUCUGCUGCAGAGGACAGGUUUAGUCAUCAGAGAGCUUUGCCAAAUCCAGGAAAAUGUCUGGCUCCUACGAUGAAUGUACAGGUGCUGACGACACCAUGGACAGCUUCUGGGAGGUGGGGAACUACAAACGUGCUGUCAAGAGAUUUGAUGACGGCCAUCGACUCUGCAAUGAUCUUAUGAGCUGCCUGCAGGAACGUGCCAAGAUAGAAAAGGCCUAUGGUGAUCAGUUAACUGCAUGGUCCAAGAGAUGGAGACAACUCAUCGAGAAAGGUCCACAGUACGGCUCGGUGGAGAGGGCCUGGCUGGCCGUGAUGACCGAAGCGGACAAAGUGAGCGAGCUGCACCAAGAUGUGAAGAACAACCUGACGAAUGAAGAUGUUGAAAAAGUGAAGAACUGGCAGAAGGAGGCAUAUCACAAGCAGAUGAUUGGAGGCUUCAAGGAGGCUAAGGAAGCAGAGGAAGGCUUCAAGAAGGCUCAGAAACCAUGGGCCAAGAAGCUCAAGGAGAUGGAGGCAGCUAAGAAAACAUACCAUAUGGCCUGCAAAGAGGAGAAGCUGGCUGCAGCUCGGGAGGCCAAUGGCAAGACUGAAGCGUCUGUCACGCCAGACCAGCAGAAGAAGCUCCAUGAGAAAGUGGACAAAUGCAAACAGGAUAUGCAGAAGGCUAAAGAGAAGUAUGAUAAAUCUCUGGAUGAGCUGAACAAGUGCACUCCGCCGUACAUGGAGAGCAUGGAGCAGGUGUUUGACCAGUGCCAGCAGCAUGAAGUCAAGAGACUGACGUUCCUCAAGGAGGCUUUGCUGGACAUCAAGCGCCAUCUUAACCUCACUGAAAACCAAAGCUAUGCCACAAUAUACAGAGAGCUGGAGCGCACGAUCCUGGGUGCAAACACGCAAGAGGACCUGAAGUGGUUCAGCAACAACCACGGCCCAGGGAUGCACAUGAACUGGCCUGCGUUCGAGGAGUACAACCCAGACCAAGCCGCUGCUCCUCCAAAGAAGAAGAAACCUGACGGGGCCCCACCCACUCCAAGCACUGACCAUGUGGCACCGCCUGGUGACCGUAGCAGUGUGAGCAGCUAUGACAAGAACCAGGCUUAUUCGACUGAGUGGUCCGAUGACGAGCAGCCCGCUACGUACUCUGGCAACGAGAACGGUGGCAAUGGAAACUCGUUUGAAGAGGACACCAGCACCGGGAAAGGAGUCCGCGUGAGGGCCCUGUAUGACUAUGAAGGCCAGGAGCAGGACGAGCUCACCUUCAAAGCAGGUGACGAACUGAUUAAGACUGAGGAUGAAGAUGAGCAAGGCUGGUGUCGAGGUCGAAUGGACAACGGCCGAGAGGGACUGUACCCAGCCAAUUACGUCGAGCCCAUCUAGUCACACAACUGGACAGAGACAUGCCGCUGGAGGCAGCUUGAACUGUCCCGUCCAACUGCACCGCACACAGCCAGAGACUUACGAGCAACACAUCCUUUGCCCAACAGAUGCGCCAAGCAGUCUUGCCUACAUAAAACUUAGUAACCUUAAAAGACAGUAUAUCAGUAUAACAUAUUUAAUCCAGCAUUUGGGGUGGGUGGACUUAUACAUUCAAAUAGGAGCAGCAGUUAUCCCAGUAUAUACACACUCAACUCUAACAUCAAGACCGUGCAGGAACACAUUGCUUCUCUGUGUAGCUGUAUUUAAUAUAUUAUGCAGCUUAUUAAAACCUGCAGUGUUCUGCAGUGUGUUCUCUCGUGUAAAAGGGAAGAUAAUGUAAUCCGUUCUACCCACCGGCUAAAGACGAGCUUCUCCAACCUGCAUUGUGUAUAUACAGUGUGAUGCCAUUUUGUGUAGCAUUUUAAAUGCUGUGUAUGUCGUUCUCUAACCAGGAAUGCCGUGUAGUGUUAAAAGUACCACAGACAGUAUUCUCUCUCUAUUUCUUUUCCUUUUUUCUUUUCAUUUUCUUUGUGAUUUGGUCCUGCUUUCCUUUCCAGUGUGUGCCGUGCUCUGUGUUUGAAAUCGUUCCUGAACUUGCAUAGCAGCAUGUGCUAUGCAAAGACUUGCAUCCCCC